AUGGGUCGCCACCACUAUCGUCCACUGACUGUGGUUCUUGUUGCCGUGGCGAUCAGCCUUCCGCUGAAAGCAGUGAUUUCUGGAUCCUGCUCAAAGAUCGCCUUUGUUGGCAGCUUUGCUGGUGCCAAAGACAUCGAUCUGGAUUCAAGACUUGCCGGCCGGAGAGACACUUUGAAUGCUGCCGGCCUUGCAGCCUCUCUCCUGCUGCCUUCCUCCAGCCUUGCAGAGGAGGCAGCCGAAGCCGCCAAGCCGCCUCCCCGAGGAUGGCAGAUGAAACUGCCAGAUGGCUGGCAGAUCUACAGGCAAUUUGGUGUUCCUGGUUCGGAUGAGAUGCGGACCAAGGAGCUUCUUUUGGCAGGAGACUCAUCCAAGGGUGCAGAAGUCAAAGUCCUUCGUAUUCCAUUGGCGACUACUCCGCAAGACCCAGAUGGGAGUGGUGCAUUGAUCUUGAUCGAGCACUUCCAAAUCCCCUUCCCCAGGGUGACCAGGAAAACGGUGGUCGAAUCCUUGAGCAAAGCCUAUGCUCGGCAGCCUGCCACCUUCGCUUUUCAAUUGGAAGGUGAUGGUGAGGACAGGGUGAAAGACAAGCAGAAGUACACGCUCUACGAGUUUGACCUCACGCGCUGCGAGGGUCAACAGGUGUUUGGCGCCAACAACAAGAAGAUCUGUCAAAGGUCUACCGGUGAGGUUCUGGACACCAAGAAGUACCACCAUUUGACCAUCAACACGGUCACACCGGAGCCAACGAUGACGGCUCCGGAGGCCUUCGCUGAGGUGCUGUGGAUAGUGGACAUCUCUGCGCCAGCGGAGGCUGGAGACAAGAAGGCACAGGCGCUUGCCAUGUACCUGGCGAUCCAUAUCAAGGUCUUCCAGGAAGACCGCAAGGCCAUUGAGAACCUCCCAACUUCUCUCAUGGAGGUUGCCGCGCUCUACAAGGAGGCCAAAGACCUCCGUGAGGAGGAGGAUGUUAUGAAGGACAUUCUGGAGUUCCACCUUGCCAACUCCCAGAGAGAGCCUGCGGCCAAGGUUGAGCAAGACAUCCGAGACCGAGUCAAGUCCAACAAGAAGGAGGAGGCACCCUGUCUGCUGCGGGUGGCGGCGGUGUUCUACUCCAUGGGUGCCAUGGAGGGCGCCAGGACGCUGGUGGAGGAGGCUGUCGCCGCAUUUUCCAGCCUUGGGGACAAGGCCGGCCACGUGAAGGCCCUGCGAUCCCUGGCAGUGCUGUAUCUCUCGCAGCAGAAGUUCGAUGAAGCUCUGAAGGCUUUGGAGAAGGCACUCCAGGGCACUGGCACUGAAAAGGCAAACGUUGCCUAUGGCAUGUCCCAGAUCUAUGCUGCAAUGGGUGGCAAAGGUGUGAACAGUGCAAUUGACUCCUUGCAAAAGGCAAGGACCUUCAUGCAGGAAGACAAGAACCAGGACGGGGAGCUGGAGGUUCUGCAGAUCUUGGCGGAGCUCCAGCAGAGCAAGCAGCAGGCCACUGCGGCCGUGGCCACGGGGCAGGAGGCCUUGGCAGUGACGCAGGCGAGCGGCAACAAGUCGAAGGAGGCAGCUGCACUGCUUCGUCUAGUUUCCGCUUGCCUGGCACAGAACGAAGCAGAAGCUCUGAAGUACGCAGAGCAGGCGGAGAUGAAGGCAAAGGAGGCGGAUGAUAUCGAGAAGGAGGCCCAGGCCACAUACAACGUGGCUGAAAUUCUUCUGCGGAGGGGCGACAAAGCGGGCGCAAUCAAGAGGUCCAAGGAGCAGCUGGCAAGAUGUCGCGAGAGGAAGCACUCAGCUGGUCAGGCCUCUGCCAUGGUAGUGCUGGGUCAGGCACUUCUGGCCGAGAACCCCGCCAGUGCGGAGGGUAUGCGGUACUUGCAGGCUGCCUUGGGGAUCUACAAGGAGUCUGAUGACUUCGUUGGCUUGUAUUCUGCGCACUUUGCGCUGGCCAACGGCUAUUUCACCCGUGGCGACCUUGAAGACGGCUUGGCGCAUGCCCGCGAGGUUCUGAGCUGCUGCCGGAGAACUGGGGACAAGGUGAACGAGGAGACCUGGUGA